GCACAGUUCAAGCUGGAAACGUCAGCACUCUAAAUAGAAAUGUUUUAAGAGAAGUAGUACUAGGGAAGGUACGGAUCUUUUUGCAUACGCAGUAUUUGUUAUUUUACAGUUUUAUAUUAAAAUACAAACGUUUGUUUGUACUUUUGAUAUAAUAUCAAACAUCAAAAAUGUCAUCUGAACCGAUUUUAAAUCCCCCUAUUCCUUACGUGGGAGCCAUUGAAGGUGGUUUAAUACCUGGAAAAAUGGUAAAAGUUCAAGGGAAAGUUCCUACUGAUGCUGUGCGUUUUGCUGUGAAUUAUCAAUUGGGACCUUCAUUAAAUCCAAGGGAUGAUAUAGCCAUUCAUGUUGCACCACGGUUUCCAGAAGGUUUUAUUACCAGAAAUCAUAUAGAGUCAAUGACUUGGGGUGCAGAAGAAAAUACAGGUCCUAUGUGGAUACAACCUGGCCAAGAAUUUGAAAUACUUCUUUUAUGUGAUCAUACAUGUUAUAAAAUUGCCAUAAAUGGCAGACAUUUUACAGAAUUUGUUCAUCGAUUACCAUAUCAAAAAGUAACACAUUUGGUUAUUGAUGGUGAUGUAGAAAUACAAUCUAUCAUAUAUGAGACUGUUGCCAUUGAUCCACCUCGUUCUCCUAGAGCUGUUUCUGCACCAGAUGUACCUGCUGCUAAUUUUGGACCACCACCACCUGGUGGGUUAUAUCCUACAAUAGGUUCAGGUGGAUAUGGUCCACCACCUCCAGCUCCUGGUUAUGGUCCACCACCACCUGUUAAUGCAUAUGGUGUACCUGGUUAUAAUCCUCCAAGACCAUAUGAAUAUCAGCCUGGACCUGAAAAGCCUGAGGAACAAGAUGUGUUUGGUGGUUGUUUAGAUAAAGUUGGCCUAGCAAUAGGUGGAUUAGUUGCAGCAGGAGGCAUAGCAGCAGCUGCACAUGCUAUGAGUAAAAAAAAAGAAGAAACUGAAGAAAAUCAUGAAAAAUCUGAUGCUUCUAAAUCAAAAACUGAAAGUGAAGGUGGUUUGGGAAAUCUUGGAUCUCUUGGUGUAGCUUUAGCAAGCAGCUUAGUGAACAAUGCUUUAAGCAAUUCACAGGCACAGCAAGGCUAUCCACCCCAGCAAUCAAGUGGUGGUGGUGGUGGUGGUGGUGGUGUAUUAGAUUCUAUUCUUGGAGCAUUAGGUGGUAGUGGAGGUAGUACUGCAGCGCCACCUCCUUCAAGUCAGCCAAGUGACCCAUUGACAGGAGCUUUAGGAUCCAUCAUUGGCGGUGUCCUUGGAGGUGGUGGAAAUCAACAAUCAAAUUAUCAACCAUCAGGAGGUUAUGGAAAUUAUCAACCUUCUGGUGGAUAUUCUAGUCAUCAACCAAAUUCAGGUUCAGAUCUGAUAUCUGGAUUAGGAUUGCAAUCAAUCGGUUCUUCUUUGAUUAAUUCUGCUUUAGGAGGUCUUACAAAACAUAGUAAAGAUAAGGAACAUGGAGAAAAUCGUUCAGUACCUCCAGCUUAUAUACCAAGUUCUCCACAACCUAUGCAACCUCCUGUUUCUUCUGAUAGUUCUGCUGCUGCAGGACAUAAAUUAACAGCAGAUGAAAUUUCAAAAGGCCUAGGUUUGGAUGACUAAUACACACUGAAUAUCGCGAAACCUACUCAACUACCCC